CAUUAACAAAACAAUUUUUAUUUUUGUAUAACACUUCUAGAGGAAAACCAAGAUCAAAUGGUGAGAACAUCGUUCAUGGAAAUGGAAUUAGAGCGCUGUAAAUAUGACACUAUGGAUAGCCAACAUAAACUUGCCGACUUGGAAAAAACACUAAGCACACUACAAACCGAGUUUAAAUACUGCAAUUCGUGGAAAGAGUUAUUUAAGAAUAAACUCAGUUCUAAGGAUGAUGAGUUAAGCGAUUGCUUUACAAAGCAUCAACAAAUAUCCGGAUCAUCAAUUCCAUCCAGAAGUCUUCCCACCUCAUGUUUAAACCUGACUUCUGGUAUUCAAGAGAUUCAACUUCCAAAUGGAAAUCCAUAUUAUGUGCUAUGCGGUUCGGAUGGUUGGAUGAUUAUUCAGCGACGAAUCGAUGGAAGUGGUGACUUCAAUAAGAAUUUGCAGAUAUAUAUGGAUGGAAUUGGAGACAUUAAUGGGGAGUUUUUCAUGGGAUUGGAAAAUCUGCAUCUAAUUACCAAUGCAACGCGUCACAAGUUGAAAGUAAAACGAUAGAAAAAAAAGAAGAAGA